UGGUGCUGCUGGUGGGCAGAUCUGAUCGGGGGCUGGAACUGCUCUCACCAGCUCUGAAUGCUCUUCAUUCCUAAAGAUCAGCACCGAGCAGCUGCAGGAGAAGAAAGAGCUCGAAUUUAAUUACUCAGUGAGUCCCUGUGUGCUCCUGAUGGAGGCGAGGCGGGGGGGCUUUCAGGAAGGACGUCAUGCACCCCUGCGUCUCCUCCUGGCCUCCCGCGUCUCCUGAAGCGCCCGUCCCUCCAGGCUAUGCUUCCCCGGCUCCCUCUGCCCAGCCUUCCGAUCAGACGCUCCCGGACCUGCUGCGUGGUUGUGUGGCGCUCCCGGCCCCGCCCCCGAGCCCCCGCAUGGACGACAUGGAGUCCCUCAUCGUGGUGACGGAGUACGAGCCCAGCGGCGCCCCGGCGUGGGAGGGCGGCAUCGAGGAGGAGGAGGAGGAGCCGGAAGAGAUGGACAGCUCGGAGACGCCCUCGGGGACGACCCCGCCCCUACGCGUUCCGUCCUGUGAUCUGUUAUCUCGGGCGGCGGGGCGACCCGAGGCGCUGUUCCCCGGGGGGCAGGAGCACCGCGGCAGGCUCAGCCUCUCGGACAGGAAGCUGUCGCUGCAGGAGCGCUCGCAGACCGUCACCUCGCCGUGCGGCUCGCCGGGACUCAACGGGCGCUACAUCUACCCCUCGCUGCCCUACUCGCCCAUCACCUCGCCUCACUCCUCACCGCGACUGCCCCGCCGACCUACCGUGGAAUCCCACCGCGUCUCCAUCACCGACCUGCAGGACUGCGUGCAGCUGAACCAGUACAAGCUGAAGGACGAGAUCGGGAAGGGCUCAUAUGGAGUGGUCAAACUGGCCUACAACGAAGACGACAACACCUACUACGCCAUGAAGGUCCUGUCCAAGAAGCGUCUGAUGAGACAGGCUGGAUUCCCGCGAAGACCUCCUCCACGUGGAGCCAGGUCGGUACCCGAGGGUCCGCAUCAGCCCAAAGGCCCCCUGGAGCGGGUGUACCAGGAGAUCGCCAUCCUGAAGAAACUCGACCAUCCUAACGUGGUCAAACUGGUGGAGGUGCUGGACGACCCUGGUGAGGACCAUCUGUACAUGGUGUUUGAGCUGGUCAAGAGAGGUGCAGUGAUGGAGGUUCCCACUGAUAAACCCCUGAACGAGGACCAGGCUCGAUUCUACUUCCAGGACCUGCUCCGAGGAAUCGAGUACCUGCACUACCAGAAGAUCAUCCAUCGUGACAUCAAGCCGUCCAACCUGCUGGUGGGGGAGGACGGUCACAUCAAAAUCGCCGAUUUUGGGGUCAGUAACCAGUUCGAGGGAGCCGACGCCCUGCUCACCAGUACUGUCGGGACUCCUGCCUUCCUGGCUCCAGAGACGCUCUCCGAAACACGCAAGAACUUCUCCGGGAAGGCUCUGGAUGUUUGGGCGAUGGCCGUGACCCUGUACUGCUUCGUUUUCGGAGUGUGUCCGUUCAUGGACGAGCGAAUUCUGAGUCUUCACCAGAAGAUCCGGACUCAGCCGGUGGAGCUUCCAGAACAUGCAGAGGUGUCUGAUGAUCUGAAGGACCUGCUGCUCAAGAUGCUGGAGAAAAAUCCUGAGAGCAGAAUAACCAUCCCACAGAUCAAGGUACACCCGUGGGUAACGCGGCACGGGGCGGAGCCUCUUCCUCCUGAAGAUGAUAACUGCUGCACUCUGAUCGAGGUGACGGAGGAGGAGGUGGAGAAUUCGGUGAAGCACAUCCCCAGCCUCGCCACCGUGAUCCUGGUGCGGACCAUGUUGCGUAAGCGUUCCUUCGGGAACCCUUUCGACUGGAGCCGCAGGGAGGACCGGAGCCCCACCACACAGGGACACGCCCUCAUGAAACAGGAGAGCAGGGACGGCACGGCGAGUGUGGACCUGCCCUACGUAGGCGAGGAAGAAGUGCUGUCCUGACGGCCCCGCCCGGUCCACAGCGUCAGAAGGGCUUAGCGUGGCUCGGUCUCCGGCGGGGAGGUGCAUGCUGGGGGACUUGGGUCGCCCCCAUCCCCCACGCGUGGACGGCAGGGAGGCCUGAAGAGGGCGCUGUGGGACGCUCCCCGGAUCAUGCAUGCAUUUGUACAGCCAGCAUGCGCUGUGUGUCCGUCCUGUACGGACCUGCUCUUCUUUACUUGUGGU